CUAGUAAAUUAAAAAUAUAAAAGAAUUAAACAAAUAAAUAUAUAAACCGGAUCAGGUUCCAGGCGGGAUUUUUAUUCCCCGGCUCCUUCCCGAUCCUGAUUCGGGGCAUAAAAUUUUAUCCUAGGAACGGUAUACCGCAGUUUUCAGGUCAUACCAGACAAAUUGCCAGUAGAAGUGCUAAAAAAAAAAAAAAAAAAGAAAAAUAAAUAAAUAAAUAGAAGUUAUCAAAAAUUUUUGUCAAAACAAAAUUUGGGCGACUUUAUUAUUUUUUAUUUUCUGCCCAAUCUCUUCUUCGUUCCUUUGACGACCGGACUAGUAUGUAAUAGUGUUAGCUUGCUACGGGACUAUAUUUCCUGGAACCCUAUAUUUCUGAUGCGUUAUUUUAUUCCCUCUCUCUAUCUCUAUCUCCAUUUACGGAUUCAUGGUCUUUUCUUUUUGUUUUAUAUUAAAUUUUGAUUCAAGGAACAGAAAAUUUUGAUUUCUUCAGAAUUUAAGGGGAAAAAAACAAUAGAAAAAUGGAUUCGGAUGAAGAAGAUUACGUUUUCUAUGGAACACCCAUUGAGCGAGAGGAAGAAAUCACCAGUAGGAAAAAGAAAGCGGUCGCAGAAGCCUCCGGUCAGCUGCGAACUCUCCCAUCUUGGAAACAAGAGGUUAGAGAUGAAGAAGGAAGAAGAAGAUUCCAUGGAGCAUUUACAGGAGGGUAUUCUGCUGGUUAUUACAAUACGGUUGGAUCAAAAGAGGGGUGGACACCACAGUCUUUUGUAUCAUCCCGAAAGAACAGAGCUGAAGUCAAACAGCAGAACAUCUUCAAUUUUUUAGAUGAAGAUGAAAAAGAGGAUUUGGAAGGUCAAUCCUUGGGAGCAUCCCUGCAAUUUGAUACAUUUGGAUUUACAGCCACAGAACUUGCACGCAAACAAGCUGAGAAGGAACAACAACAAAGGCCAUCAGCUAUUCCUGGACCUGUUCCCGAUGAAAUACUUCUGCCAGCUACUGAGUCUAUAGGUCUGAAGUUACUGCUGAAGAUGGGAUGGCGCCAUGGUCGUUCAAUUAAGGAUUCACAUGUCAAUUCAGUUUACGAUGCUAGAAGGGAGGCAAGGAAAGCUUUCUUAGCAUUUUCAUCUGAUGAUGCAAAGGCACAGCCUUCUGAAUCAGAGCCUAUUCUAGGUGACCUUGAAAAUUACAUUGAGCAGCCUGCUAGUGAUGAAGUUCGCUUUUCUCAGAGCAAACAUGUUCAUGUACUCAAUCCAAAGCAGGACUUGCAUGGUUUAGGUUUUGAUCCUUAUAAGCUUGCACCGGAAUUUAGGGAAAAGAAAAGAUCACGCAUAUCUGAGAACAGGGAUCCUGGUUAUAGAAAAGCUCUGUCAGUGAAAAAAGACAUUUUUGGUUUCAAGUCAGGAAAGGUUGCUCCUGGUUUUGGCAUUGGAGCACUUGAAGAACUUGAUGCUGAAGAUGAGGAUUUCUAUGCCUCCGGUUAUGACUUUGAGGAGACUUACGUCCAAGAAAUAGAUGAACCUUCAUCAUCAACUGUAGAAAGUGAACAAAAGUUUCUGAUGAAAGACAGUAAACAGAAGCUGCUUACAAAGGAACAAGAAGUUCUGCCUGGAUUUAGACUUGCGUCAAAUUCUGACUACCAGUUGGCAAGAUUUGAUCCUCCUCUUGUUCCAAAGGAUUUUGUACCCCAUCACAGAUUUUCUGGGCCUCUUGAGACUGAGUACAAGUAUGCUGAUACUGGUCCUCCAGAGGUUCCUCCACCUGAGGAUAACAAUUUGAAGCUCUUAAUUGAUGGGCUAGCAACUUUAGUAGCUCGGUGUGGCAAACUAUUUGAGGAUCUCUCCAGAGAGAAGAACCAGUCAAAUCCAUUGUUUAGCUUUCUUGUUGGAGGAAAUGGCCAUGAUUAUUAUGCAAGGAAACUGUGGGAGGCACGUCAAAAGCAAGCUGAUAAAACCAAGCAGCACUUGGAUGGGAAACUGCUCCCAAGUACGCAGAAGAUAUCAGCAGAGACCCGUGGAAAAAUCUUAGGAGAAAGGCCUUUGCAACGAAGCUCUAAGGAUUCUAGUUCAUCUGUUGUGUCGUCAAAUUCAGUGCAUCUCCAAUACAAUCUUUCAGAUACGUUUAUGAAACCUGCAUUUUUUAGUGAGAUGCUGGAAGUUUCUAAACCCUUUAAAGAUGAUCCUGCAAAGCAGGAAAGAUUUGAGCAAUUUCUCAAGGAAAAGUAUCAAGGAGGGCUUCGGUCGACUGAGUCUGGUGGAUCUAGUUAUAUGUCUGAAGCAGCCCGUGCUCGUGAGAGAUUGGAUUUUGAGGCUGCAGCUGAAGCAAUAGAGAAAGGCAAAUUGGGUAAAGGAGGCAAGCUCCCUACAAAUCCUAUUGCCGAGUAUUUGGCUGCCGGAGCGAUGCAGUUUACUUCUGGUGGCUUACAGCAAGUAAAAGAUACUCAAGCUGAAGAUUUGAUCACAAGGAAAAUGUACCCUAAAAGGGAAGAAUAUGAAUGGCGUCCUGCACCUAUUUUGUGCAAGCGCUUUGAUCUCAUUGAUCCUUAUAUUGGAAAGCCACCACCGGCUCCACGGAUCAGGAGCAAGGUAGAUACUCUCAUUUUCACACCAGAUUCUGUCAAAUCCACAGACAGGGAAGAGACAGGAAAAACAACUAAAGACUCCUUCCCUAUGCCUCAAUCUGAUGCCCAAAUGAUAAGCAAAGAUGUUGACGAGGAAAUUGAAGUUGAGGUAGAAGUUGAAAAUGUGGAGAGGCCUGUUGACCUAUACAAGGCUAUCUUCUCUGAUGAUUCAGAUGAUGAAGGGGAUACCUCUACUCUCAACAAAGUGGAGGAUCCUGAGAAAAAGGUUGAAGCAGCCAAUACAACAUUAAACCGUUUGAUGGCGGGUGACUUUUUGGAAUCCUUGGGUAAAGAACUAGGGCUAGAAGUACCCCCUGAUCUAGCCUAUGCAACAAGCAAUGCUUCGCAAAAUGAAAUUGUUAAUUCAAACUCUGAAAAUGCCAAGAUCCCACUUUCUGAAAAUAAGGAUUCUUCCAGCACUUUUGCUGCAGUUGAAUCUCCCAUAAAUCAAGGCGAUCCACACACCUUGGAGAAAGCUGAAGUUGGCGUAUGUAAUAAAAAUGAAUUCAUCCAUGGUAACUCAGCCAAAGGUAGUAGUAAACGUACAGAGACUGUUUCUUUAGGGACAAAAUAUGAUAAAGUGAGUUCAGAAAAGGUUUUUGACAACAAAAGGAAAGCUAAAACAUCAUUGAGCCAGAACCAGAGUUUGAGUAGCAGUUCAUUGUCAGAAGACGAAAGGAGUAGAAAACGCUCUAGGCAACAUCGACAUAGAAAUAGAAGCAGUGAUUCUGGUGAUUCAUCGAGUGAUGAUCAGGGCAGACACUAUUCUAGAUCAAAAGGGAGACGGAAAGCAUCAUCCUCUCGAGAAAAGAGUAGCAGCAGAAGAAAGCGCUCUAAGCAUCAUAAGCACAGAAGCAGGGAUUCACGUAGUAGAUCUCAGCACUCCACGGAGAAGGGAAAUGCAGAAGGCAAGAGAGAGAAGCAUAAGAGGAGUUAGAAGAAGACGUUCCUUUUCUUGAAUUGCAUGUAGAUUUAUGUGUAAAAAUAUCAUGGUAGAAAGAACACUAACAGCUGGAAUAUUAGUUUGCAUAGGAUUUUGGCUGGAGUAGCUCAAUGGACAUGAAGGCCUUAUUUUGUGGCUCCUCUUCCGAGUCUUUUCAAUGAAAUCAAGUUUUAUGGAGAAAAACUUAUAUACGAUCGGCCAAUCAAAAAAAUGCCGCAUAUCAAACUCUGUAAAGAAUAUAAUUUUUUUAUUUGUUUUAUUAUUUUUCUCUUUUCUCU